AUGAGAAGGUGCUUGAGCCCCGGCCGGCUUCUGCGAAUUGGCCGCGUGCCAGUUGUGCCUCGCCCGCCUGCUCUCUCGCACUCGUCGGUAUCCCGCCUCCAGGCCCGGUUCGCCUCGACGAUAGACCGGAGAACGCUCACCGACGACGAAUAUCAACUUCUUUUCUCAUACAAUGGACCCCCCUCUAUUCCCCUCGACUCAAACCAGAAGUCCAAUCCCGCGAGUUGGAUACCUGUAUUAGAAAAAUGUGCGCCGGCACGCACUGCGCCGACGCAGAAACAGACAAAACCCACCCAGCCUAAGGAGCAGGUAGGGUCUCUGUUCGAGCACGAAAAUGAGCUCCGUCGGGCCCAUUCGCUGAUGGGAUAUCUAUGGCUGUCGAGAACACAUUCAAACUUGGAUCUUUUGGGGCAUCUGGGAUUCGAACUCAACCAGUGGUCUGCCGUGCAUGCCUACUUGACCCAGCUCAUCGACGCAUAUGAAACCCUCCUUCCGUACAUGGCGUCGCAAAAUGCUUUUCAGGGAUUUGAUUGGAAUGUGGAUGGUCUGUCCUUGGAAGAGCUUACAGCUAGAGAUGUUCGACGCCCAGCCCAGUCGAUGAAGCCACUUCCACCGUCCGAUAUAAUUCCUCUCGAUCUUCUGACCGAACGGCCCGCUGCGCGGGAUCUGGGCGAUAGGUUUUUAGGAGAGGUCUUGCUCAACCUAGGCCUUAUCGUGCUAAGGGCUGCCGACGCACCAAAACAAGAAGCCAACCUCGCCAUGUCCUCUGUGUUCCGCAUUCUUGCUCGCCUGCAUCAUCUGGAUUUGAUCUCAGACAGAGUUUACCAGUAUCCGAGAAACGAUCCCAGCCAAGUCUCAUUCCGCCCUCCCGGUCUCAAUCUACUAUCAAGUAAUAUUAUGAGUGUUUUGUCCGAUGCUGCAUGGAUUGAACACGAAGCUGCGCUCGCAACAGCGGCCACCGAGGCUGGUGAAGAGCCACCAUUCCUCCCAUUCAAGGUUGGGGUCCGUGAGCUUGGCCCUGAGAUCUGGUUUGAGCUGGUUCUCUGGUGCUGUGUCGAGCAUGGAUUCACCAAGCAGGGCGCAUCUUUGGUCAAGGAGAUGAGCCAGCGAACCGGCGACAAGGCAUGGAAGAUCGACAGCUGGGCACCUCUGAUACGGGAUCUCGACAUCGUGCAACAAACCAAUGUCAGCACCGAGACUACCUGGCGUCGGCCGAGCGAAACCAACCCCCAUCAGACAUUCAAGCGCCAAGACAAACCCCCGUUCAAUGGUCUCGGAAAACGGACUAUCAGCACGGAAGUAGUUGCAAGCCUGCGAAGUGGGUUGGUCAACAAGGCCUUUAACGGCGUAGGAUUUCACGGUGCGACUCCCUCGGACAUUCUCCAACAAUCGGCAUCUUUGAACGCAUUGCUCGAACCGACAACUGCCCUCGAUGAUCUCAGGCCAACGAACAAGGCCACAAAUUGGCACCUUAUCAGGGUUCUCGAGUCGGGCUGUCUGAACCCCCAUGAAGACCCAACUUUGUUUGAGCGACUAUUACGGUCUACUCAACACGUGGUGCCACCGUGGGGAGGAUACGGCUUUUCAUCAGACCAAGACCUGAGCGACGUGACGAGAGCGCAGUUAUAUGAUGAAAGUGCUGCAAUCGCUGGGUUGGUGGAACUUAAUGUCAAGGCCUAUGCCUAUAAACGCCAAGCUGGCCGCGCUUUCUAUCAGUACGCCUGGCUACAAAAUAUCGUCGAUGCUAGCAAGGCCUACCACAUUCAAGCAUUCUUCGAACAGCUCAGCCUUGCAAAGUCAGAAGUCCUUCCCUUCUUCGACUCCCAGCGAUUCGACGCGCAGGAAGGCGACUCAUCGUCCCUGCCACAGAUUUCGAAUGUGACCUUGGCUGAACUUCUUGACCUGGCCGCUGUCAACCGCGCUUAUGACUUUGGUAACUAUUUGCUUUUCAAUGACGCCAUUGAUGGUCCUGCGAUUCCAGCUUCUGCAUACGGCGACCAAGUUAUUGCGCCAUCAAUUCUCCGUUUUGCCUCUGCUUCGCAGAAUACCGAGCUAUCUGAAAAGGUCGUUUCUUCGCUCAGCAUGCCACUCUCUGUCAACAUGCUGAAAGCCUUGGUCAACUCCUAUAUCGACAUGGAAAACUGGGACCGCGCGAUUGUUACACUUGAGUACCUUCGUGAUUUCAGACUGAAGUCAUGGGGCUUCAGUAAUCUCACUGCGCUAGGAGCGAAGAUUAUUCGACUGGAUGCGUCUAUCAAACACCAGGAAUCCAUGGGAGGUCCCGUGGACGAGAAAUUCAUCAAAAGCCUCGAACGUGCCAAUGAUCUUUUCCUACGCUUCUACCGCAUGGAGUUCAAUACGCCUGCUGCCAAAAAUCGCCGUGUCACAGCUUUCCAGCGGAAUGUCUUGUUGCGUCUGCUCUCUGUAUUCCGAACCCUUCCUGGCCACAUUUCAGAUCUCGCCAAACAGGCCGACCUCAAGGUUCCCCCACCAGGCCACCUAAAACUCCAAUACAUUCCUGCGGUCUCUUUCCACAGCCUCCUGUCCGCCGUUGUGGACACGUACGGCAGCACAUACGGCUUGAACAUGUGGUUCAAAUGGUGUAUCCAUCGUCUGCCACCUGACCGUGUCCGUCAACGAGAAGGCGGCCUCACUCGCCUCCCUGCUCGCAAAGAAAUGUCCUGGCCCCAAGGCGACCCAACUUUCAGCAUGGACUGGCUCAAACACACACAAAAGCGAGCCGUAGUCCCCAACUACAACACCAUCCGCAUCAUCGCGCAAGCCGCCAUGCGAGAAUUCGAAGUGGAGCGCCACCCAAGUAAAUCCAACAACCCGACCUCCUCAUCCCUACCCAUCCCCCGCAACCAACAACUCCCCUUCUUCGCCCGAGGCCGCAUAUACAAACCCCUAAUCUCCCGCUUCGAAUUCCAAGGCCUCCCCGUCGGCGGCGGAAAACCACCCCAAACCGCCCCCGAAGCCUCGCUCGACUUCGCCGUCUGGAUGUUCCUCCGCCACGGCAUGCCGCAGGAUCAGAUUGAUCUGGAAAUCCCUGGCUACAUAUCACGCAUGUGUAGUCGUGGUGUCUUUCAUAACCCAGAGAAGCGGACGCGAGAUCGUAUUUGGGAAAUCCGGCGAGACCCUUUUAUGUCAUCGGGUCCGUUUUGGAUGACGAUGCCUCGUAAGGGUAAAGGUGGGCAACGGGCGAAGGCGAAGACUUUGCCGGAAUCCCAGAAUCCCAAGUGA